GCCACUCUGAGAGAAUAUGUAAAGAAGAACGCUCCACGGACCAAUCAGAGUGGAGUGUUCAAUCACGCCACCAGGUGGGCGACCAAUAGGAAUGCAGUGGGUUCUAUAAAAGCCGAGCCCACAGGGCACCUUUCACAUUCGAGGAGCAGAGAAGAAAGGAGCUUCGAGACUAUGGCACGCACCAAGCAGACAGCGCGGAAGUCGACUGGAGGCAAGGCUCCAAGGAAGCAGCUGGCCACGAAGGUGGCUCGGAAGAGUGCACCGGCUACUGGCGGUGUUAAGAAGCCGCAUCGCUACCACCCAGGCACGGUGGCGCUGCGUGAGAUCCGCCGCUACCAGAAGUCCACUGAGCUGCUGAUUCGCAGGCUGCCGUUCCAGCGCCUGGUGCGUGAGAUCGCCCAGGAUUUCAAGACUGACCUGCGCUUCCAGAGCUCGGCGGUGAUGGCGCUGCAGGAGGCCUGCGAAGCCUAUCUCGUGGGGCUAUUCGAAGACACCAACCUGUGUGCCAUCCACGCCAAGCGGGUGACCAUCAUGCCGAAAGACAUCCAGCUGGCUCGUCGUAUUCGCGGAGAGCGGGUUUAGACGCCACAGGCUCCUCAUCUUUGCAAGACCUUCAUUCAACCCAAAGGCUCUUUUCAGAGCCACCCACCAAGUCUGAGAAAGUGGUUGUAACCUUGUAGAUAUGAUCCUAUCCUCUUUGCAGAGAUCCGAACAAGCUGGCUGGAAGUCCAGUGCUGCGGACCCAUGCCUGUUUAAGCUGUUUGGUCCGCAAUUCCCUCCUGACUUACGUAGGUCUCGCCUGAACCUCUAACAAGGUUGUAGUGCUGACGCCCUACCUGGGAAAGAGUCCAACUUGCACAGGCGGCAAAUACACUGCCACAACUAUGGUGUGUGUUUGCAUGGUGUGCCAGCUUGAAGUCCUCCAGCUAACUCCCAUUACAAGUCCCGGAAAUCUUGCACUUUGGUCUAAAAGACUGACCAAAGUGCAAGUUUUUCGUGUGUUAAAAGCCUUUCUCCUACGAUGGAAAAGCACAGUGAGCUGUAUUAAACGCU